AUGAAAAUAAAUUGGGACAGAGUGGCUUUCAGAAGGAUGACAAAUCUAAAAAUACUUUUUCUCAAGGAGGCCUGGUUUUUAAAUGGUCCUCUGAAUCUUCCAGAUUGUUUAACCGUGUUGCAGUGGUGGGGAUACCUGGCAUCUUGUUUACCAACUAAUUUUGAUCCUUCAAACCUCGCUGUGCUUGACUUGCGAGGAGGUUGCUUACGGUCUUUGGAACCUAAAAUAAAAUGGGAGAAUAUGACAACUUUGAAUCUUAGAAAAUGUCAAUUUAUAAGCCAGAUUCCUGAUGGAUCCGGCUUCCCAAACCUAGUUGAACUAAACCUGGAAGGUUGUUACAAUUUAAUUGAAAUUCCUGAUUCAAUGGGAUUUUUGGAGAAACUUGAAAUCUUUAAUGUUAGAUACUGUACAAAGCUCAGGGCUUUUCCUCGUGCAAUCAAGAUGCCCAAUCUUCUACACCUCGGACUUGAAGGCUGUAGAAAUCUUGAGAAAUUUCCAGAGAUAUUAGAAAAGAUGCAAUAUAUAGAAAAUCUUGAUUUGAGUGAUAGAGACUUAGAAUUGCCAUUUUCAAUUUGCAACAUAACUGGGCUUCGAAAUUUGAAUAUGAGAGGAUGUGGAAGAGUUAUUCUGCUACCAAGUAACCUUGCUAUGUUACAAAGACUAGAAGGGACAUGUAAUGAAGAUCGUAGAGAAGGCCAAGAAGAAGCAAGCUUCCUGUUGUGUCCUAAUGUGGAGGUGAUUAGGCUUCCUGGGUGCGAUAUAUCAGAUGCAUUCCUUCCUAUAUGUCUUACUUGGUUCUCCAAUGUGAAAUGCUUAAACCUUUCUGUUAAUGGUUUUUCAAUCAUCCCGGCGUGCAUUAAAGACUGUUGUUUCUUGGAGAAGCGUUAUGUUGAUCCUUCCAAACAUCCGAGAGAAAUAAAUGGGAUUCCCCCAAAAUUAGAAGAAUUAUGGGCACGAGAUUGCUUAUGGAGAAGAACAUCACUGAGCCAGGAAUUACAAGAGGGUAGUGACACACUUUUUUUCGUGCCUGGAUCAGCAAUUUUUGAAUGGAUUCACCAUAGCAGCAGGGGACAGUCCAUAUCUUUCUGGUUUCGCGGCAGAGCGCCAAUGAUCUGUCUCUGUUUUGUUAGAAAACAAAUGGUACUUGAUGUUUUAAGUGCUGAGGUAAAUGUUAAUGGUAGGAUAACAUUGUUCAAUGAAGGCGAUAUGAUGAAGGACACUAUGAUAAUCUAUUGUUCAAUGUCAUCUCAUUAUAUGUUAAUGAGUUGGGAUAUUAAGAUCACUGAUGAAAUAGGCCCUCUGCUUCUUAGUGGGUGGAAUCAUGUUGAGAUUUGUAUAUAUGAAGAUGUGUGGAGGCAUUUGAAAGAGAUGGGAAUCCAUGUAAAGGAAGAAGAUGGUAGAAUGGAGGAUAUCCGAUUCACGAAUCCUUAUAAAAGGACAAAAGUUGAAGUUUCGCAGUGGCAACUUGAUUAA